AUGUUAGCUAAUCCAGCUUUGAAGAAUCGUAAGCAGGUAGAAUUAAACGAAGAAUGGAAUAAUUUCAUGAAAAGAAUAGGUGAGGUGUCAGGCUUAGUGAGGGAUAUGGCGAGCGGUGACAAAGAAAAGUCGGAUGCGGCAAAACAUAUGGCUGAUCAGAUCUUGGAGGGAAAAGUGUUGUUAGAAGAAGAUGUAAAAAUUACAGUCAAAGAUGAUCGUACAGUGAUAAAUAAAAAAGCCUUUCAGUCCCACGACUUAAAAGAUAAAAGUGAAAUGAAUAAGGAUGCGUGGAUGGCGGAAGUGAGCAAAGACGCAGAACGUCGAGCUUUAGAUCGGAAAAUUCGUCAAGAAAAAGCUGACACUCUCAAAACCCAAGCAAUUAAAGCAUUUCGUAGAGGCGAAUAUGAUCGAGCUCUGUCUUACUACAAUCGUGCUAUAGAACAAAUAAAGGACAACCCUAUGAUGUAUUGCGACCGCGCACUGACUAACAUAAAACUUGGAAAUUUUGAUAAGGUGUUUAAUGACUGCGAAUGGGCACUGCGCUUGAAUGAGAACAGCUUCAAAGCUCGUCUAUACAAAGCAAAGGCUCACCAAGAAUUAGAGGAAAAUGAUAAAUUGGUAGAGUGUAAGAAAGAUCUUAUUGAAAAGUUUCCUCAACACGAAGAACUUAUUGAAUAUUUUCUCGAUAAGAAAGAACAUAUUAUGAAUGAAGAAGAUAAC